CCUAGGUGGCGGGUGAUGGAGGCCCCGGCGCCCCGGCUAGGGCGCCCAAGGCCGCAGCGGUGCCGGGAAGCCGCUUUCGAGGGCCCGCGGCUCGCUCAAUCAAGCCCAGGCUGGCCCGGCGGAAGGCGGCAGGCGGGAGCCAAGGUCCGCCGAUCCUGGGCGCGGAGCCCGCGCGCGGCGGCGCGGCCCCGCCCUGGCCCCGCGCGCUCCGCUCGCAGACGGAUCCGCCCUGAGCCUCCGCGCAGCGACUGCAGCCAGGCCGCUCCCCGCACCCCGAGCUCCCGGCGCCCGGCCCCGCCCCUGCCCCGCGCGCGCUCCACUCCCCUGGCCACCAGGCGCUGCCCGCUGCGUCCCCGUGCCCAGAGCAGUGCGGCUGGAGGAGGACUCCCGGAAGCCCUAGGACUUGAACUUACCCCUGAGGCAACAGGGUUUAGCUUUACCAUGUGUGAGGGACUGAUUGAGAAGUAUGUGGCUGCCAUGGUGCUGAGUGCUGCUGGCGAUGCCUUGGGGUACUUCAACGGCAAGUGGGAGUUCCUCCGGGAUGGGGAGAAGAUUCAUCGGCAGCUGGCCCAGCUGGGUGGCUUGGACGCCAUAGAUGUGGAGACGUGGCGAGUCAGCGAUGACACGGUGAUGCACCUGGCCACGGCGGAAGCUCUCGUGGAAGCCGGGAAGGUCUCGGACUUGACUCGACUGUAUUCCCUCCUCGCUAAGCAUUACCAAGACUGCAUGGGAGACAUGGCCGGCCGGGCGCCAGGGAAUGCCUCAAUGCAGAACUCCAUGCUGCUGGAGCCGGACAAGGCCAAUGGCUGGAGGAUUCCCUUUAACAGCCAUGAGGGCGGCUGCGGGGCUGCCAUGCGAGCCAUGUGCAUCGGUCUCCGGUUCCCUCACCGCAGCCAGCUGGGCACACUGAUCCAGGUGAGCAUCGAGAGUGGCCGGAUGACCCACCACCACCCCACAGGCUACCUGGGAGCCCUCGUGUCUGCUCUUUUUACAACCUAUGCUGUGAGCGGCAAGCCUCCCUAUCAAUGGGGAAAAGGACUGAUGGAGGUGCUUCCAGAAGCUAAAAAGUACAUCAUCCAAUCCGGCUACUUUGUGGAGAAGAACCUUCAACACUGGUCCUACUUCCAAGACCAAUGGGAAAAGUACCUAAAACUUAGAGGGAUUUUAGAUGGCACAUCGGCCCCUACCUUCCCCAAGCCCUUUGAUGUGAAGCAGAGGGAUCAAUUCUACACCUCCGUGAGCUACUCCGGCUGGGGUGGCAGCAGUGGACACGACGCCCCCAUGAUUGCCUACGAUGCUGUCCUGGCUGCAGGAGGCUCCUGGAAGGAGCUCGCCCACCGAGCCUUCUUCCACGGUGGGGACAGUGACUCUACAGCUGCCAUUGCCGGCUGUUGGUGGGGAGUUCUGUAUGGUUUUAAAGGAGUGAGUCCCUCCAACUAUGAGAAACUGGAAUACAGAAACCGGUUGGAAGAGACAGCUAGGGCUUUGUAUUCUCUGGGGUCAAAGGAAGAUACUGUAAGUGCCCUUUAGAGAGAUGUGACAUUCAUUUCUCGUGGUUUCUCCUCUCGUGUAGUCCCCGUUCUUCUUGGUUUCUUUUCACUUUUUCUAGUCAAGAGUCUUAACCUUGUACUCAGGGAAUUUUGACACAAGCUCAGUCUUUCCAAACUCAUCCUGCUCUCCCCGAAUCUAUCGCUCUUCCCAUCCUAAAGAGUCUUUAUCUCAGUUCAUGGGAUCCGUGUCUCCCAAACUAGAAAUCUCAUAGCCUCAUACUGGGGUCUUCAUUUUCAGCAUCUAAUCUUUUGCUAAGUUUUUUCUCUGUUUGUUUCAGGCUGGGUUCCCUCAAAAGUGAACUCUGAGACAAGGAUUUGAGUGCAAGUGAUUUAUUUGGGAGGCGAUUUCAGGAAGCACUGGUAGGAGCAUGAGGAUGUAAGACAGGGAAGGGAAGGGAAGGGAGCCAGUACGAGGUGCGUUAAUGAGCAGGUUACCACAGUGGGUAGUUGGGACUCAGUCCAUCCGGGUCCUCUGCGUAAGGCACUCCUCAGAGUUGUCCCACUCAAGGGGCAAGCAUUUAUCCACGAGCUUCCAUCUGACGUUGGUUGAGGUCCACUCCCAAGGAUGUUGACUCCCUGGUGCUUCUUGGCCUGCCUCUUGUGCGAACCAAACACGAAUGUCUUCAGGUGAAGACUCAGAGAUGCUUGCAGUGGCAAGCUGUAAGGUGCAUGGGAACAGUGAGGGAUGUGUGGGGUCCUGACAGCAUUGGCUAGGUGGUUCGACCUCCUAAACAUCCUUUAAAUCUAUCACCUCUUUCACCUUCUUGCACCAAGUAUUUUUCAGCUGGAUUUCUGCAGUCCAAGCUACUUGAGUCUGGGGAGAUGCUGCUCCGAGCUGCCCUCUGAACUUUCCUGGGGUGGCACUUCACAUGUCACCAGUUUUCUUGUCACCUGCUUGUCUUGAUUCUCCUCUAGGCAGAACCUAGCACAUAGGAGAUAUGUCAUCAGUUUCUAUUAGAUGACUUGUCCAUCUCGUGCCUCUAACUCCAGUCUUGCCUUCCUCAUUGCCCUCCAGAGUCAUCUUUACAAAUAACAAAUUGAUCAUGUGGAACUUCUGGUCAUGGUCAAUGAAUACCUGUCCCCCUUUCUUCAUUUAUUGGUGCUCUGCCCUCUCCUUUUUCACCUAGUAAGUUCUUAUGCAUCCUUCGAGCCCCAGCUCAGGUAGAAGCUCCAGGUGACACCUGCUCUGAGUGUUCAGGCACUUGCUGGCGUUCUGCUCACUACACCCACAGCCUUCUGUCCUGGCCCUGGCACUGCACUGAUGCUGUUGUGUAGUGAUUGUGUGUCUUUUAGGGCAGUCUCAGGUUCCUUGUGAGGGUUUGUGUCUUGUUCUCUUUGUGGGCUCCCUGCCAGCCCCAUGAGAGACAGUCAGUGAACAUUGACUCCGGAAGUUCAUCAAGUUGUGUUGAUGAGUGAUGUUCGUUUCUGUUCCGUAUGCCCUCACCUUCACGAUGGCCAGGGGUGAGGUGACCAGUAGGCGCUGUGAGAGAUGGAGAGUUUAAUGCCUUAACCAUGCCUGUGUGCUGACUUACAUGAGACAAGGCUCUCGAUGCUGUAUUUGAAGCAGGACUCCAGCAACAGCAUGGGAUUUAUAAUUCUUUUAUACAUAAAGGGAGAAGGGAAUUCCAAAGCUCUUUUUCUGGCUAAAAAACUCUCCUAUGUAUUUACAUAUUUCAGGAAACAGACAUGUCACUUGAAAUAUUACAACUAGGACACAGAUUCUUCAGCAGGACAACCAAUCAGAAAUGGAGACUUCUGGGAGGGAUGGGUUACAGUUCACAGAACAUAGGAAUGCUCUCUUAAAUUCAGGUGUCUUAGGCCAGCCCAGUGGCUGAGUGGUUAAAUUCGCACGCUCCCCUUUUGUGGCCCAGGGUUUCGCUGGUUCAGAUCCUGGGUGUGGACAUGGCACCGCUCACUGGGCCACACUGAGGCAGCGUCCCACAUGCCACAACCAGAGGGACCCACAACUAAAAAUACACAACUAUGUACCAGGGGGCUUUGGGGAGAAAAAAGGAAAAAUAAAAUCUUAAAAAAAAUUCAAGUGUCUUAAAAGACUCCUCUGUAUAAAUAUUUUGAGGACAGUUUAGAAUAAUAGAAACAAGUAUAUACGUUUUAACACAGGAUUCCUGAGCAGGAGAUUAAGAUGGGAGAAUCUCAUGACUGUUCUCAAGAACGGACAUUAUAAUACAGAAUGAUGUGUACUUUUCUGCAGCUGUGGAAGAGAAAACAUUUUCUCCUUGUCUUUCUGAGGUUUCUUUUACCAGUGGUUAGGAGAGCCGGCAGUUUCAAGGUGGAACACUAGAUUUCUGUUAGCACUGACCAAACAGCAGUCCUGAGGUGCUUAAAUCUCACAAUUAGAAGGGCAGAAGAGGUUUAGCCAGAGGCACCUGAGGCAUGACCUGUUUCCCAUCUGUGUGAGUGGUUUGGUGAUGGUCUGAGUUUAGUGAGAAGCAAUCAUAGAAUGAUUUUAUUUUUCUCCAACUGCUGCCUUCAUACAUUCUUUGUUGAAGCUACUUUUCCUGUCCCUUAGCAUCAUCGUGGACGGAUCACAUAGUUUUUUCGUCUUUGGUGGCGGGAGGAUGAAAAACCCAAUCCAGUUCAUCCCAGUCCACUUUUUAAAAUUUCAGCUUUAUUAAGAUGUAAAUGACGUAUAAAAAUUGUAAGAUAUUUAAAGUGUACAUUGUAGUGAUUUGAUAGAUGUGUACAUUGUGAAAGGAUGCUCUCCACCUAGUUAUUUAACACCUCCAUCACCUCACAGAUAUGUUUUUUUGAUGAUAGCAUUUAAGUUCUACUCUUUUAGCAUAUUUCAGUUAUAUAAUACAGUGUUAUCAACUCUAGUCACCAUGGUGUACAUCAGAUCCUCAGACCUUAUUCAUCUUACAGCUGAGUCUGUACCUUUUUGCCAACCUCUCCCUAUUUUCCCCACUCCCCAGCCCCUGGCAACUACU